CCUGCCAGGCUGGUGGCUCGUCCAGUAGCAGCAGCUUGAGUGACCCCAAUUGUCCUUGGGCUCGGCGCAGGCGGAGGCAGCAGGUCUAGGCCCGACAGCGGGAGGCAGCACUCAUGGUGAAUUUUGUCCAAGCUGUGCGUGACUACUGGGUCCAUAUUUUGUGUCCCAUGGGAUUUCUUCUUGGAUGCUAUCUGGACAGAAGGAAUGAUGAAAAACUAUCAGCUUUCAGAAACAAGAGCAAGUUAUUUAAAAGGGAAUUGAAACCCGGUGAAGAAGUUACCUGGAGAUAAAGGCUGUCUGUGAAAUGGGAAAUGCUUCCAUGUAAUUAAAUUAGCAUGUAUAACAAGUG